CAAAUUAACUCUGCACCCGUCCACACAACAAAGCUACAUAGUUCGACAUAGAGGUCUCCUAAAUUCGACUUCUGUACUCCUCCCCAACGAGGGGAGUAGCGCUAAAUUCGACAUGGCCAUGUCGAAUUAGUGUAGGUGUGGAUGGAAAUCGACGCUAAUAGCUCCGGGAGCUAUCCCACAGUGCACCACUCUGUUGACGCUCUGGACAGCAGUCAGAGCUCAGAUGCUCUGACCAGCCCUCAGGAAAAGCCCUGGGAAAAUUUGAAUUCCUUUUCCUGUCUGGGCAGUUUGAAUCUCAUUUCCUGUUUGGACAUCGUGGCGAGCUCAGCAGCACUGGCAACGAUGCAGAGCUCUCCAGCAGAGAUGGCCAUGCAAUCUCAGAAUAGAAAGAGGGCCCCGGCAUGGACUGAUCGGGAAAUCUUGGAUCUGAUCGCUAUGUGGGGCGAUGAGUCCGUGCUUUCAGAGCUGCGAUCGAGAAGACGGAAUGCAAAGAUCUAUGAGAAGAUCUCCAAAGCCAUGACAGAGAGAGGAUACAGCCGGGAUGCAACACAGUGCCGCGUGAAAAUCAAGGAGCUGAGACAAGGCUACCAGAAGACCAAAGAGGCAAACGGACGCUCCGGAUCCCAGCCGCAGACAUGCCAUUUCUACGAGGCACUGCAUUCCAUCCUAGGUGCGGCCGCCACCACUACCCCACCACUGACCGUGGACUCUGAGGAUGUGAUAUUGUCCACGCCCGCUUCUUCUGAGAUGGUAGUGGACGGGGAAGAAGAGGAAGGAGAUGAGGAGGAUGAGGCAGUCGACAGCACUUACAACGCUGAUUUCCCAGACAGCCAGGAUCUCCAUCACCCUCACAGAGAUCCCGUACCAACCGUCCCCAGGCGUUAACCUGGACCCAGAAUCAGGGGAAGGAUCAGACGCUGUAGCUGUCUUCCGACCUACCCUGUCAUCAGACUCCCAGAGGCUGUCGCAGAUUAGGCGUAGACGUAAAAGGACACGGGAC